AUGGCGACCGGAACUGUCGAACAUUCGGCACCAACUGAGGUGCAGGGCAGCUCUUCCGCUUCCAGAAACCAGAACAUGCGCUCCAACGACAUCCACGAGAAGGAGAAGCACCUCAUCCACUCCAUCCGUCGGUCUCCGCAACGAUCUACGAACCCCUUCCUCAUUAACGAGCGCCGAGACGAUAAACAACUAUGCAUCUCCUCGAGGAGCUUACACGUGAAUGAUUUCGUGUUGAUAAAGACGCUAGGAACCGGCACUUUCGCACGAGUAUGGCUUACGCGACUGAAGGAUGAGACGGACAAGAGUAAAGUAUAUGCGCUGAAGAUAUUGCGCAAGGCCGAUGUGAUCAAGCUGAAGCAGGUCGAACACGUGCGCAAUGAACGCAAGACCCUCGCGGCCGUUAUCGGACAUCCUUUCAUUACAACUCUAGUCGCAUCCUUCUCGGACGAACAGAAUCUCUAUAUGUUGUUGGACUUUUGCCCUGGGGGAGAGAUCUUCACUUAUCUCCGGCGAGCGCGACGCUUCAACGAAGAGACUUCGAGGUUCUACGCGGCGGAGAUCACAAUGACCAUCGAGUAUCUGCACGAUAUACAGGGGGUAGCCUAUCGCGAUCUUAAACCGGAGAACAUCCUCCUCGACGCCGACGGCCAUAUCAAACUUGUCGAUUUUGGAUUUGCAAAGCAGGUCGACAACCGCGAGACUUAUACUCUCUGUGGUACUCCCGAAUACCUUGCUCCAGAAGUCAUUCACAACAGCGGCCACGGUCUCGCCGUCGAUUGGUGGGCACUCGGUAUUCUGAUUUAUGAAUUCCUUGUCGGACAGCCCCCAUUCUGGGAUCAGAAUCCCAUGCGUAUCUAUGAGCAGAUCGUCGAAGGACGACUGCGCUUCCCACCUAACAUGCCCGCGGCAGCGCAGAACAUUGUCUCGCUACUCUGCAAAACCAACCCGUCAGAACGUUUGGGUCACAUUUCCGGCGGCUCUGCUCGAGUCAAGUCUCACCCAUUCUUCCAAGAUGUGGCCUGGGAUGAUUUGUUCUACCGACGGGUCAAAGGCCCGAUCAUUCCCCGAGUAUCACAUCCGGCGGACACCGGGAAUUUUGAGGAAUACCCGGACUCCGACAACCGCAAUCAGAACUUGUAUACCGAUGACUUGAAGAAGAAAUAUGAGCCUCUUUUCAAUGAUUUCUGA